GGCGGGCCGCAGCCGCCCUCCGCGCUCGCUCGCUCGCCCGCGUCCUCGCCCGCGCCCGCCCGGCCUCCGGCGGCGGGGCUCCAGGCCGCCCCGAUGCCCGAGCCAGGCCCCAGGAUGAACGGCUUCUCGCUGGGCGAGCUGUGCUGGCUCUUCUGCUGCCCGCCCUGCCCGAGCCGCAUCGCCGCCAAGCUGGCCUUCCUGCCGCCCGAGCCCACCUACACGGUGCUGGCGCCCGAGCAGCGCGGCCCCGGCGCGCCCGCCCCGGCCCCGGCCCCGGCUGCCGCCGCCGCCGCCGCCGCCGCCGCCGCCGCCGCCGCCGCGGCCCAGCCGGCGCCGCAGCAGCCCGAGGAGGGCGCGGGGCCCGGCGCGUGCAGCCUGCACCUGAGCGAGCGCGCCGACUGGCAGUACUCGCAGCGCGAGCUGGACGCCGUCGAGGUCUUCUUCUCGCGCACGGCCCGGGACAACCGGCUCGGCUGCAUGUUCGUGCGCUGCGCGCCCUCCAGCCGCUACACGCUGCUCUUCUCCCACGGCAACGCCGUGGACCUGGGCCAGAUGUGCAGCUUCUACAUCGGCCUCGGCUCGCGCAUCAACUGCAACAUCUUCUCCUACGACUACUCGGGCUACGGCGUCAGCUCGGGCAAGCCCUCGGAGAAGAACCUGUACGCCGACAUCGACGCCGCGUGGCAGGCGCUGCGCACCCGGUACGGCGUGAGUCCCGAGAACAUCAUCCUGUAUGGCCAAAGCAUCGGGACCGUCCCCACGGUAGACCUGGCCUCGAGGUACGAGUGUGCCGCCGUCAUUCUCCACUCGCCUCUGAUGUCGGGGCUGCGCGUGGCUUUCCCGGACACCAGGAAAACGUACUGCUUCGACGCUUUCCCCAGCCACGCGUCAGACCCUGUGCUGGGCACCUCGGGGAGGUGAUGGUGACACCAGCCAGAGACUUGGUCCUCCGGGCCUGACUCAUCUGUAGAGCUCUCCUGGAUGACGUGUGAGGACCUUGCUCAUGCUGACAUCCAGGGUUAAUGGACUCGGUUGUAUGUGCAAGAUGAAAACAAAAGUGCCCACACGUAUCCUGAAAAAAAGUACCGUUCCAGAUUCGCACGUUCACGCAGAUGGGCGUGUAUGGUGGAGUUGCGGAGAGCUACAUGCAAAAUGCAUGAUGAGGCACUUAGCGGUCUGCACACGCACACAAAGCUGCAGACGUGCUCAGUUUUAGAACCUCCUCCUCCUUCGAUGAGACCGUGCAGGUGAGGGGGGAAGGGGAGGUGAGCUGCAGGCCAGACCUUCUGUGCUUUGGUGACAGGCCACCAUCCUAGUAUCAGGGAACACAGCCCUGGGAGCCCUUCGUUCCAGCCUGCUCCCCAGCUCCUCCCACGGGCCUCCUUGCGUGUGGAAGCACGUGGAUGGGAGCCCACGGCUGGAUCCUCCCGGCCCGGCCCUGCUCUUUGCUCAUCCCGCUGACGGAAGGAAGGGAACUGGGUCAUCACCAUGCUCUAAAUGCCAGAGCAGCGAGCUAGUGGUUUCUUGAAUACCUCCGUUUGAAAAUUUUACUUGUUUUUUUUUUUCUUCUUCUUUUCUUAAAAUCCAAGUUGAGGACAGUGUUUUCCAUAAAAACGAUUUGCCCCCUAAACUUUUCCCAUCGUGCGUGGCUAAAGCAAGUCUGAGGCCGUUAGGGCAGGACUGGCCGGCUCGUGUUGCCAUUUUGUAGGAAACGCCCCCACAGGAGUAAAGCCCGGUCUCAGGAUUUUGAUCGACCCCCUCCUGGCUGUCAUUCUGCUGUCGCUCGAGGGGAGCAAGCAUCGCUUGGUUACGUCAACAUCUGCCGCACAGCCUGUCUUGCAACAGCAAGAGGCCUUCUGUUGGCACGUUGGGUGAACUUCAGUUCCGUGCAGUUGGUCCCGGCACUCAGGGCAGACUCCAGCUUCAGGAGAGGGUUGACCUAGUGGCGAAUUCCUGCUGGCAUGGCGGGGCAAACAUGCAGCUCAGAUGUGGCCAUGUUUGUGCCGAACGGGUAAUGAGAGGCCAGUUUGUGGAAAGGGAGAUGUUUAGCAUGUUUGUGGGAGGGAUGCUAGGCGUUACCAUGGCAACAAAACGCCUAGGUUGUUUCCUGACUCUUAAAUUAGCAUACACCUUAAAAUACAGCCAUGGCAACUAACCGCAGCUUAUUAAUUAACAGUCAACCAGCAACCGGUCUUCCCUGGGUCUGUCUGAUCUGCCAGGCGUUGCAACAGCUCCCCCUGCUCCUCACCUCACCCCUACCAUAGGCUUCCCAGCGGCCGGGAGAAGUGGGUCAAGUCACAGAGUCCUCAUUUUAGAGAUUAGGGUGCUGAGGCUGACCGAGGUAAGCAGUGUGCUGGAAUUAAGGUAGGGGUGUGGGCACUGCCCCGAAGGCCAUCCCUCCCACCGGUGCCCUGGAGCGUUAAUACGGUAGCUCCUCGAACCACAAACAGUCACCCGGACCCUCAUCGUUAAUUGAAUUCAGUAGAUGUUCUGUUACGGGGCCCGUUGCUGCCGAGGGUCAGAAUUGUCUCCGUUUGUGUUCCUCUCUUUGAAGGAAGGCAUUUCCCACUUCUUUCAAUAUUACCAACAACGCAAGAGGAGCCCUGAUCACUGUUUGUGGUUUGUAGCUUCUUUUCCUUUACCUGCUUUCCAUUUAGACUCAGGCGCUGACAUUUAGCUUGAGAUGCACCCUCAGGCUGUAGAGAUUCUCCUACUAAAUUGUGCAGCACGGAGCACAGCCCCAGGCCCGUUCUGCUGGUACGCAUCUUUUUAAUUGAAUAUAAUUGGACUCCCACAUUUUCAGAAGAAGAAGUCUCGUUAACAUGAAACCGGAGAAAAACGGGUUUCUAAACACGACUGCUAAUCUGGGACAUUGCAUAUGCCGCCACCCAAGGCUCUGAUCUUGGCAAAUCCCACAGCCCGGUGGGGUUUUGCCAUCUCCCUUGGGUGUCCCGAAGUGGUGGGUGGUGUCGCGAGCUGCUGAUCAAGGUUCUGUGACAGUUGUCUGUAGGUCUCUGGGCGGUGCCCUUGAUGCGAGGGCGCUGAUACCUGCCCAAGCUCAGGCCGGCGGUACUCGUCCUCACUGGCUUUGGUGCCCUCCUCGCUUGCCCGGAGCCGGGGCUGUCCUGUCUCCUGGUGUCCUGCUGGAGACUCAGUGAGGUUUUUUUGUAUGGAAAGCACAGAGCACCUGGCUGUCGAAAUUAUUUCAUCAGUGUUAGUCGUUCCUGUGAGCAGCAGGGUCCCUGCAGAUAGUUGCAGUCGGUAUCCUUUUGUAGCUUUGGCCAGGAUCAGACACAGAAAGAAAAGUCACCGGUGGGGGGCUUCGGGUGCCAGACCAGGUGGCCAGAUCCGCCCGUCUUGCUGUGUCCGUAGGUUAAACGGCGGUCCCCUCCGUGGGGGAAGUCGCCUGCACGCCCUGCCAACAAGGCUUACGUCUGGAAUUCCUCUUUGGGAAAUGUUUUCAGAGCCUGCAGCACAUUCUUUUGAAGAUCCUCAAAUAUUCAUCCUUUGAGGGUAGAUUCCGUUCUCAUAAACAAUCCGAGAUCACUCAGACUCCAAGCUAGGCAUUGUAUUAUGUUUUCAAGCGAAGUACUACAGUUUUUACCAAAAAAAAAAAAAAAAAAAAAAAAAAACGAGGCAUAAGCAUUUAUGAGAUGGGGUUUUGAGGAUCUUUUGAGUCGAUUCUGAAGUCGUCUUGCCAAGAAGACUGCAAACGCGGGCAGCCGAGGAUUAGCUGUUCAAGCUUUCAGAAGAGACGCUCUGUCGGACAUGUCGAGUUCUGGCCUGU